CCUAACAAGCUCAUAUUUUCCAUUCGGGCUUCGAGCUGUUUUGUGCGAUUAUUUCACCUUUUUUUCUUGUGAGGAAGGUGAUUUACCAAAGAUGGCUAAAGCUCCAACGUUGGCCAAAAAUUUAGAGAAGGAGUUGGAAUGCGCUGUGUGCUUGGAGCAGUUCAAAGAUCCCAAAGUUCUUCCGUGUCUUCAUUCCUUCUGCAAAAUAUGUCUGGAAGGGCUGGUCGAUAGAAAAAGAAACGCUUGGAAGUUGAUUUGUCCUUCUUGUCGAAUUAGUGUAGAGCUUCCCGAGGGAAAAGUUGAUUCCCUGCCAGUUAAUUUCUUCCUCAACAAUUUAAUGUCCCUGGUCUCACUUCAUGAAGAUUCAGUAAGUUGUAAGCUGGAAUGCGAUAUUUGUGAUAGUGGAGACCCUCCUGUCAACAGAUGUAACACAUGCAGCCACUUUCUUUGUGAGUUUUGCACCCAAGCACAUCAGCGAGGACGUAACUCAAGGACACACUGUCUGGUGUCACUUGAGGAAGCCAAAGAUAUGGGAGCUGUAGCUUUAACAAAACCCAGUGUCUGCAAGGAACAUGAAGGAGAGUUGUUGAAGCUGUUUUGUGAAACAUGUGAUGAAGCUAUCUGUAGAGACUGUACUAUUGUGAAGCAUCGUGAACACAAGUAUACUUUUGUCAAAGAUGCUUUUGUAGAGAAAAAGGAAAGUGUGUUAAAAAUUCUCUUACAGACAAAAGGAAAAGCAGGGUUACUAAAGGAGGCAAUUGAUAGAGUUUCAGAGAUGAGGAGAAGUGUUGAACUGUAUGCAGAACAGACAGUUCAAGAAGUGACCAAUACUUUUCAGAAACAAAUAGCCUGUCUGAAUGCUCGCUGUGAGGAAUUAAUUCAUGGUGUGCAAGAACUGAAAAAGGCCAAACAGAAGUCACUAGAAGUACAGCAAGAGGAACUGGAAUCAGCCUUGUCCAGUGUACAAAGCAGUGUGGAAUUCACAGAGAAAGCUCUGGAAAAUGGCAGUGAAGUGGAAAUUUUGAACAUGCGCAAGAAAAUGUCCAACCGAUUACAGGAACUAAAUUCUGAAAUAUGGCAACUAGAGCCAUGUGCACACGAUGGCUUUAGAUUUCAUGCUGAUGAUCAACUUCACCAAGUGUUAACCAGCUAUGGAACCAUCACUAAUAUCUGUACAGAUGCUGGUACAACAACAGUCACUAUGGGCCACGGUUUAGAGGGUGUGAUGUAUAAUACGAUCAACAAGCAACCAGUUGAAUUCACAGUUACUGCGAAAGAGAAGAAUGGAGAGAAACGAAAAAAAGGUGGUGACAAAUGUGAAAUAAAAAUUUGUGUACCAAAAGGCAAAACUAGAUUUAUUGAUGUGGCUCAGUUUCCAGCUAAAGAUGUUAGCAAUGGAACUUACAGCUUCAACUUUACUCCAAACCAAAAGGAUAUGCAGUACCAGUUGUCAGUGAAAUUGAAUGGUUGUCAUGUUAAAGGUAGUCCUUGCAUCUGGCCCACUGAAAGAUGGCUACUCUUCACAGAAAAUCAUGAAGCUCCCUUCAUUCAGUUGGACAAAAAUUCAAUGGUGGCAACUUAUGUGGCAUUUGAGGAAAAUGAUCAAGACGAUUAUGAAGACACAGAUGAAGAAUCAGAUGAAUAUCUAGAUGAAGAAACUGUUGCAGAAGCAAUUCAAAACUUUUUAAAAAAUCCACAUACUGUCUUCUCAGAUAAAUAUGCAGAUGAUGGUACAGAUGAAGGUACAGAUGAAGGUACAGAUGAAGGUACAGAUGAAGGUACAGAUGAAGGUACAGAUGAAGGUACAGAUGAAGGUACAGAUGAAGACACUGGUGAAGACACAGACCCAGAUGAAGACUUGACUGAAAGACUCACAGUCUUUGGUACUUCUUCAUUUCAAGUUGGAAAGCAUUCAUGGAAAGCCAAAAUAUCUGGUGAAGUUUCUGAUGGAUUUUCCUUUGGUGUUGGUGUCAGCAAGGAAAUGAGGUACCCUUUUAAGGUCCAGUGGAUGUGGGAGGCAGGAGAAAAGUACCACCCAUCAUACACUAAGAAAAGUACAAUAAAAAAAUGUAAAAGUGGUGACAUCAUUGAAUUUUAUCUGGACUGUGAUAACAGAAAGUUAACAAUCUACAACCAGCGCACCAAAGAGAGUGACUCAUGGCAAGGUAUCAAAGGUAAAGUGCGUCCUGUGUUUGAGAUGUCUAAAGAUGGUCAAGAGGUUUCUUUAAUUUUAUAAAGAAAGGAAACCAAUUAAUUGGAAUCUAAUUAAAAUCAUGUUAAUCUAACUAGACUGGCAAAAAUCUAAUACAGUUAUUGUAAUUUGUCCAUACAGGAUAAAUGAAAUUUGAAAGUGGAAGGAAAUCAAUGUUAAAUAGGGGCAAAUUUUGCCAAAAUGAAAUAUUGAGGUAAAAGUUUAGUCUUGCUUUUCCAAAUGGUUUGAAAAUGUUGCCAUCUCAU